UCUGAGCUCCCCACGUAUAAGUCACUGAAAGACUCGCCGUCGCUUGGGGGUAAAUUCCACGUCAUCCUGACCGUCCCUUACCGUUUAAAGCUACCCUCCCCUUCCUUCUUAUUUUUCUACUUUUUCUUCCCAAUUAAGACAAUAUUCCUUCAUUUUUCUUCUCUGUCAAAAAAAAAAAAAAAACCUAAAAUUCAUAGCAUCAGCUUUCGCAGAUCUCUUCACCAGGGUUUCGAGGUUUAUUCUUUCCCUGUCUCUGUGUUUCUUUCAGCUUGGGCUUGUUGAAGGUGAAUUUCUUUGAGACUACUUUUUUUGGGAGAUCGUUUCCUGAGGAGCAGAACAAGAACACACCGCUGGACUGGAAAAGAUCCUUCAGCCAAGGAAUUGGCGUCACCGUGCCCAAGGCCAGAACGCGCGACAAACCCAUGACUACUAGGGUUUUGGUUCUAUAAGUGCAGGUUCUUAAAGGGUGUAUUUGGGCUAAAUAAUUGAAGAUUAUAGACAUUGAAUUCAAUGACUCGAAUUUUGGUUCAGCGAGGUUCUGCUGGGGGCUCUUCUUCAAAUCCUAGCCGUGCUGGGUCCUCUUCAGCUCGUGGAGAGCCACAGGUUUGUACUUCUCCUCAGGUUCUUUCUUCUGUGAAAGAUGAGGAAAUUGAAGAGCAAGAGUUGGAGCAAGUUGUGGAUGAGCUUUUGGUUUGUUGUGGAACUAGUGAUAAUAAAAUUGUGAAAAGUGAUGAUUUUUUGGUGGAAAACGUCAAUAAUGAUCAGAGUGAGUGUUUGAGUGAUGAAAAUGGUGAUAGUGAUAAAUUGGUUAAUGAGGAAAAUGUGGGUUCAAGGGAAUCAGUUAAGAGUCUGGGUGGGUUGAGAAUUUCAGAGAGAGUUCCAGUUGAGAGUGAAGGUUCAAGUGGAGAUUCUGCCCAGCAGAGUGGCGGAAGUCCACAACCACCUCCACCUCCUGUUCCACCCCCAAAACCUUUGGCAUCAAACUCAAAUUCAAGAAGAUCUUUCUCAGGAAGCUCAAAUGCUGGGCGUAUUGGAUCAUCAAGAAGAGCAGUUGCCUGGCCUGUUGUUUCUACAAGGACUUCACCAUCUAGAUCAAGGCCUUCAUCUCCCAGGUCCCAUGUUGAAAGUGAGGGGUACAAUAGCGCUGAUGAGCAGAAUCCUUGUUUUGGAUCCUCCUAUGAUGACUUGGAAAGAGAACGUCAAUUUGAGAUAGAUAUUAGGCGGGCAAAAGGUUUUGAAGUGAAACGAAUGCUAGAGGAUGGAAAUUGCCUCUUUCGUGCUGUUGCAGAUCAGGUGUAUGGGGAUUCUGAAUCUUAUGAUUUGGCAAGACAGAUGUGCAUAGAUUAUAUGGAGCGAGAGAGGGAUCAUUUUUCUCAAUUUAUAACUGAAGGUUUUACAUCUUACUGCAAGAGGAAGAGAAGAGACAAGGUCUAUGGAAACAAUGUGGAGAUUCAAGCCCUAUCUGAAAUGUAUAAUCGGCCUAUUCAUAUUUAUUCCUACAGUACAGAACCGAUCAACAUAUUUCAUGGAAGCUACAAUACUGAUAUGCCUCCCAUACGGCUGAGUUAUCAUCAUGGGAAUCACUACAACUCCCUUGUUGACCCACGGCGCUUGACAAUUGGUGCAGGACUUGGGUUCAGUUGUCUUCGAGGGACAAAUGUUGACAAAGAUCAAGUCAAGGCUGCUAUUAAGGCUCAACAAGACCAACAGAUUGAUAAUGCACUUCUAGCCGAGGGGCGGUUUUACUCUGAUCUGGAGCUAACUGAAAAGGAAAUUGAGUGCAUGGUGAUGGAAGUUUCUCGAGCUGAGUAUCUUGCUAAUGACAAAUUCAAUCAACAACUUCCCCGUAAAGAGUCAUCUACUUCAGGGGCUGAACCUUCAUCCUCUGGAGCUAGGUCAUCAUGUAGUGAGAGCAAGGUGGAAGGUGGGAGAGAGAGCAGCAAUAUACAGGAUACAGUUCUGAGCAGUGGCACGCAGAUGGUAUUAUCAAUGGGGUUCAGCUAUUUGCAAGUGAUGGAAGCUUACAGCAUAUUUGGCGAUGAUGUGGAUUCUAUGGUGUGUUACCUGGUAGAAACUGGGAGUAGCAGCAGGAGAAAAGGCAAAGCCACUGAAUAAGUAAAACUGGUGCUGGGUUAGACCAAAAGGCAGACUGAAAAUGUAGGGAAACCAUGUUGGUGUCUUCAUGUUGACAUUAUAGCUGCUUACAUUUUACCAUUGAAGAACACUGUUAAGAACCUUAUUACUUAAAGAACUCUUCAAAUUCAAAAUAAAAAUUCUAUCAACGUUCUCACUUUUCUCUUCAA